CCAAGUAAGACUGGGGGAGCAUAACAUCAAGGUCCUUGAGGGUGAGGAGCAGUUUGUCAAUGCUGAGAAGGCCAUCAGGCACCCCAACUACAGUGCAUGGACCCUGGACAAUGAUAUCAUGCUGAUCAAGCUUGCUUCCCCUGUGACCCUCAAUGCCCAAGUAGCCGCUGUACCUUUGCCCACUUCCUGUGCAGCUGCUGGCACUCAGUGCCUCAUCUCUGGCUGGGGCAACACCUUGAGCUCAGGCGUGAACAACCCAGACCUGCUCCAGUGCCUGGAUGCCCCAAUUCUGUCUCAGGCUGAGUGUGAAGCCUCCUACCCUGGAGAGAUCACCAAGAACAUGAUCUGUGUUGGCUUCCUGGAGGGAGGCAAAGAUUCCUGCCAGGGUGACUCUGGUGGCCCUGUGGUCUGCAAUGGACAGCUCCAGGGCAUUGUCUCCUGGGGUUAUGGCUGUGCUCAGAAGGACAACCCUGGUGUGUACACCAAGGUCUGCAACUACGUGAGCUGGAUCCAGGACACCAUUGCUGCCAACUGA